AUGUUGUCACUCGACGGUGGUGGUGUGCGUGGUCUCUCUUCACUCCUGAUCUUGAGACACCUUCUGGUUCUGGUGACACAAGUGCUGGUCGAGAAUGGGAAGCGACCGGCUGGACAGAACACGGUCAGACCACAGGAUAUCUUUGACGUUGCCGUCGGUACCAGCACGGGCGGACUCAUCGUCCUCAUGAUGGUCAAGUUGGACAUGUCCCUGGACGAUUGUAUAGAACAGUAUAAAACGCUCUCGAGAGACAUUUUUUCAAAACAGCGCCCGUUAUUGAAGCGAGUUUUCGGUUCUGAUUUGUCAAAAUAUUCGGGCACGAGGCUCGAAACAGCUGUUGGGGAGUUAUUGAAGUCCAGCCAUCAACCGGUGAAUUUGGGGAUGCGGUCGGGCACUCAGCAGAAUGUCAUGAGAGGCACCGUCCUCUGCCGCGAGAUGCCACAGCUUCAGUCAGUUUUCUUUUGCACACAUGAAUGCCAGGGACCCUAUAAACAGCAUUUGCUGAAAUGCGAUCUCAAAGUCCGGCAUGCUGCACGAGCAACUUCUGCAGCUCCGUCGUAUUUCGAAGAGAUGAUCAUCGAAGAGAGAGCAUUUGUGGACGGUGGUUACGGCAGAACCAAUAACCCGUCAUGGGACAGUCGAAUCCACUACGAAACGAACCACGAGGUAGCCACCGAUAGACAGCUCGUCAUGAUCAACAUUGGAACCGGGACACUCCCGCAGGAUGCUGAUGUCCCGCGGUUGCAGAAGCAUCCAUGGUGGACCAGACUCCUGCCAAGGAGCCUAGUCAAGAUGUCUGAUCUUCUGGCAGAUCUUGUGAACAUGGCAACAGAAUCUGAGGACGUAGCAAAGCGUUUGGAAUAUCUGUCCGAGGACAAUCCCGAGCGACUUUUCUACAAGCGAUUUAGCGCCAACACUGGCAUCCACGACAUCAAAUUGGACGACUGGCAGGCUGUGGUAGGUGCCAACGGUUCCAGUGUCAUCGAGAAGAGGACGGAAGCUUAUCUCAAAGACCGGGCCGUCCUCGACAAGAUGAAAACAGCAGCGGUAAAGCUGGCGGAAGUCUAUGCCCAACGUCAAGAGCACGCAGACUUAUCCUUGGUCAAUGAUGUGAACGGCCGGGAAGACAUUGACCUCUCUGUCUUGGUGCCCGUCGAGCCAAAUGCCGCUCAAACAUUACCAGUACCAAGCCUGGUGACAGGGUCGGAAACAACGCAGUCCCCUGCUCCCUCUCCACCACGAACUCCAGAUGUACAAGCCGGCUGGCGCUCAACAGUACCGCCAGUGGACACCGCUCAGGGCAAGGAAAUCUUACAAGGUGAAGGGGACCAGUUUGAAGAAACGGUGCUCCCCAGAUGUAUAGUUGGAAUAAUUUAA